ACCGAGAGCGGAACUGAUUAAUCGAGCGCGCGCAUUACCAGAUUGCGAAAAUACGAGAAGCCGAACUUUUGUGCGCGUGGUAUGAAAUUUGCGCCGGGAUCGCUUUUGUGGAGCGAAGCGAGAAAAAAAAAACGGGAGCUGAAAUUUAACAGACUUUUUUCGGCCUCAACCCUUUCAACAUAUCCACGGAUACGCCGCGCGCUCGUAUAUAUAUACUGCGCGCAUAUCGGACCAACGUCAUUGUGCCGGGCGUAAAAACGCGCGGCGAGCCGUUUUUUUAUCACGAAAAAAGAGGAUAAUCGCGAGCGGCAUGCUCUUUUUUCGCGGGAAAUGAUAAAAAAAUUUCUUGCCGCCAGGCCCACUCUCACUUAGUUUGAUUGACAAGGGCGAAUUCCACCGUCGAAAUUCGUUUCAAUGAUAAACAAGAGCAGCAGCUUUGACCCGUCUUGUUCUUUUCGGAUAAAGCGCCGUUUCGACUUUCUCGAGCCAGCGCAAACAUCGGCGACAUUCCGGUUGUUUUAGCUCACCUUUACGUUCUUCUCGCGUUAUGGAACGAAUGGAAAUUUAUGAUCCCAGCUGUCGAGGUUGUUUGCGUUAGAAAAUUAUCGCCGACACAAACAUGCCUUUAAGUACACGCAGGCUUUGGCAUAUAAAAGCCGAAAGUGCUGAACCUGAACAACACCGGUAUAGCAGUAUACCAGUGACGGAAAAAUGAAGCGCCUCGUGUACAUGACCGGCCUCUUCGCCCUAUUGGCUCUCCAGCAAGCGAGUGCCGCGGACGUGGAGCCCCAGAUCAAGGUGACGAGCGCCGAGCUCUGGUACGCCAACCCCGAGUACAUCGACAAGCUCGUGUACAAACUGAACAAGCACAACGCCACUUACAACAACAUCCGAGUGAACUGCAUCAUCACCCAGGAUCUUCCCGCCGACGUCGUCACGCGCAUCCGGGUGUACGCGUGCGACUCCGAGCACAAGAACGCGCGCCUCCUGCUGGAGGACAGCACGCCGAUCUGCAAGGAGAGCCCGAAUCGGAAGCUCCUGCCCAAGGUCGUGGUGUUGGACAAGUCGAAGCUGCAGGGCAAGUGCGUGAAGCGCGGCGUCUGGGACAUCGUCGACAUGGGCAACUUCAGGUUCGAGGUCCUCGUGCCCCGGAUCCACGAGAUCAGCACAGGCUCGGCAACGCCGAGGAGCUCCUCCUCGAGGCCACCUUCUACUCCGAGUGGGGCUACCUCCACAACUGAGUAUGCACGACUCGUCCUGUAAACGACGUUCUGUCAAUAAAGUCUCUCGCUCGAUCUA